CUUUAGGUGCAGUGGCGAGCCCUCAGUGGGGAGAAGUUCCUGAUGUUCUCUGAGACAUAUGCCCAAGAUGCUGAAGGACUGUACAGUGUGGAGGCUGCUCUGGUGGUGAGGGACAGCUCCUCAGGGAACGUGACCUGCUCGGUCCUCAACCCCAUCCUGGGCCAGGAGAAGGUGAUGGCCAUUUUCAUUCCAGAGCCCUUCUUCCCCCAGACUUCUCCCUGGAAGCCAGCUUUCAUGGUGACCCUGACCGUGCUGACACUCCUAAUCUUUGGGGCUGCCUACUACACUAAGAGAGAACAUACUGCAAAGCAGCAGGAGAGGCAGGAACGGGAGAAACUGCACAGGGACAAGGAGGAGGACCAGCAGACAAAGGAGAAGGUGCUGAAGGACAGAGGUAAGGCAGGACAGGGGUCAAGGCCUGUAAGUGUGGCAGCUGGUGCAGAGGAUGAGCCGACAGCAGGGCCCUUGGCCUGGAGCAAGUGGCUGAGGAGGUCCAGAGAUGACAGCCGGAGCUGUGGAGUCUCGAUGGAUCUGGAGUUAGGCCUUCUUCUAGGAUACAGAGAGGUCCUUUUGUGGGUUCUCCAGGUGCAGUCUUUGCUGUUCUUAGGGAUGAGAGUUCAUGCUUAUUUUCCACUUUCUUUCAGAUGAAUUCCAAGCAGAUAUUGCUGAGAACUUUCUAUGUCCCUUUUGUAGGAGACGUUCUGUGUUCUCAGCUCACUUGUUUCCUGUGUUGCCUUUCAGACUGGAGGAAAUCUGUUUACCUGUCUGGUAAGUAACUGUCCAGAUGUCCUUGGGUCACCUGUCACCUAAACCAAGGUGUCCCCUCUCCUUGUUUCAGGCACAGACAUGUGGACCCUUCCCUGGGGCAGAAGUGGAAGCUGGUGGGAGGCAGAACCUGCUCCAUGGGCUUUCCUCAUCUGGGCCUCUGCUUCCCACUCAGUGCUAGGGAACCUGGGGGUGAUGGUGCUUCCUGGAGUCUGUUGUGCAUCUUGGGUUUAUUCCAAUGUUGAUUUUCCUGUCACAUUGCUAGCUGAUUAGCCUUCAAUGCAAGGAGUUCUCAGCACCUGGGAGCCACAAGACAAUUGUACUUAUGUUGAAAUCUUGGUAUUUUAUUUCACCAUUUUACUCUUUGUUUCUUUAUUAUCCUUUUCUGCAUUUUGUUUUGAUUAAAUAUUUUUAAUUAUUCCGUUUUCUCCUCUGUUGGCUUUAGUGAUAUCUGGAUCAUGUUUCUCUAUUAUUAAUAGUACUUUUAUUAUUUGUUUACUGACUACUCUUGAGAUUCAGCUUUCUUUCUUUCUUUUUGGUUAUUUUUAAUGAUUGUAUCUUUCUCCUCUGCUAACUUUUUGUUAUGUAUAUAUCUAUACAUUUAUAUCUAUUUCUUUUUCAGUGUACCUAGAUACACAAUUAUUUCAAUUCAAUUGGCAGUCAAGCUAGAGAUUCAAUAUUUACUGUAUACUUACAGUCAUGUGGGUUUAUGAUAAUUUUCCUAAUUCUAUAUAAUAAAUCUU